CUGGCUACGUCAGCCUCGUCUUGAAGCCCUUGCAGGGUCUGCGCCGUUCUCGGAAUCGGACCGCAGUCUGUAGUUAAGCCCAGUCUUCCUUCUGCCAGCCCCGGUGGGUCGGGGCCGGGGAGUGAGCAUUUCCAGCCUCCUCCUGAGAGAAGCGAAGCAGGAGUGUGUGUGUGCAUGGGCGAGCGUGCCCUCUCGGCCCCUCAGAGCAGCCCCCACCCCCGGAACCCCCGGGCCCUGGGCCCCCCCCCUCCUGUUGCUAUGACAGCCAGUUCUGUGAGGACAUGGAAAUUAGAAUCGUGAGUGUGCGAUGGGCAGGGAGGGGACCUGCGGACUCCGCAUUCGCGCUCCCAGAACUUCAUGAUCAUGAGGAAGAAAGAGAAUGCGUCUUUAUCUUCCACCCUCAAGGGGACCAAAGAAGCUAGGAGAGCCCCAGGACGGAAAUCCCUCCUUAACUCCUGUGCCGGAUCCUCGACGUCUGUCCACAGCUUCACGGAUGACCUCAGCUACCAAGGGAGCCGGGAGCUGAGCAGCGUUUGCCUAGGAGGAAGGUGCGCAUACUCGGAAACCAUCACAAUCACGGGAGAAAUAUCCGAAGAAGAGCCCAGCCUGGCACCGGCCCGGAGGCAGAAACGGAGCCUGAGGAAGCACAAGGGGGAGAAGGACGAGCAUGAGGAGGACGAGGCCUACAGGGGCCCCCCGCCCCGGAGGUCCCGGAGGUCACGGCAGAGGAGCGCCCCAGCCCCAGCGCCCUGGGGAGCGGCGCCGGCGGCCUCGCGCCCCAGAGCCCCGGCCUCCCGCUGGAGCCUGGCGGGCUUGCGCCGCUGUCUGUGCGGCUGCUGCUGCGCUCGCAGGCCGAGGCGGGGGUCGGGAUCCGGGACCCCCGGCCCGACGGCUAGGCCUCACUGGGGCUGCGCCAGGGAGAGGCCCGGCCCAGAGCCGGGCACCCCAGACGGUCAUCCUUUGUAAAUAAAGCCCAGUUUAUGUU